UGUUAACAAAGACAAUCAAUUAAUGAAUAAAGCAAAUAACGCUCCAGCAGAGCUACGCAAGAUGCCACCACUACUAAGGCUGCAGUAAAGAAAGUGUAGAGCUCAUUUUAGAAAAAAUAAUUAGUACCUUUCUAGCGACAAUUAACACUUCCAAUGAAAGAUUUGCAAUACUUUUCUAUAAAAGCAAAAUGAUUUUGGCAAAUUUUCAACAUUUUGAAAAUAGCGAGAUGAAGGUUUGGACUUACGCGCCUCAUAUCCUCGCUAUAUCUUUCAUAUACUCUUGCACAAGUGCAGCGGCGCGCUGUUUGCCUGAGAAUGCCAACAAAAAGGAUGAUUCAACGCCCAAAACGUCGGCAGCAGAAGCACUGACUGGAACGCAGAUCUCAAUAGCCAUCGUCACUGCAACAACCCCUGUCGCUGAGAGAGUAACGUCUACGCCUAGUAUAACAGCAGCCUCAAAGCCAGCAGAAGUUACUACAAAUGUUGCUGUGCAGGAGCUGCUUACUAACAACGUCAUGCGCGUGCAAACUCCAGCAAUGCAAACGAUUACAAAAGAAAAUUUGCCUGCAUCCAACACCAACGACGUUACUUCGGAUUCAAUCACUCCAUCACCGCAUAGUCUCAUCACCGGCGACGUUGAGUCAGGCAAAGCCGCCGGUCCUAUAGUUUUGGGUUUUAUACAAACGCUGUUGCAGAAGAAGCAGAAUGCAUUGCAUAAUUUCAGCACAACCACAGCAUCGACCACAUCUACCACCGCUAGUACCACCAGUACUACAAGCACCACCAGCACUACAAGUACUACUACUACGACGACUGCGAGUCCGUCGACGACUAGUACUACGUCCACUACCACUACCACCACAACGACUCCAGCAUCAACAGGUUGAUAGGAAAAUACCAUAUCCAUCGAGGAUUCCACAUGUUUCCCCUUAAUCACUUUGUUAUAUACCUACUAUGUACAUACAUAUAUUUUUG